AUGUCAGAGGGCAAGACUCAAAUCGUCCUCGCUGCAGAGCCCACAGAGAAUGAGCAGAGUUCCUUGCGGCGCGUCUCGGAUCACAUCCCGCUUGCAACCUGGUUGAUCAUGUUGUUUGCGGGCGUGGAGAGAUUCUCCUACACCGCAUUCACCGCCCCGCUCCAGAAUUAUAUUCAGAAUCCACACUCCGAAGCCCUGCGGCCGGGAGCCCUAGGCCGGGGCCAAUCCGUAGCCUAUGCUUUGAACUGUUUUCUCAAUGUGCUUAGCUAUCUGUCCCCCCUUCUGGCGGCGACGUUCGCGGACGGAUCCAUCGGACAGUUUUGGACCAUUUCGUGCUCAGCAGCUGUCUACGUUGCUGGCCUCCUAGUUGUUUUCAUCACCUCCGUUCCUUCCUUGUCGGGACACGAUGCUGGGCUCGCUGGUUUGAUAUGUGCAUUGGUGCUGGUGGGGGUAGGAAUCGGGGGGAUCAAGUCUUCUGUUUCACCGAUGAUGGUGGACCAGCUGCACGAGUCAGUCACUCGAACCGCGAAGACAAAGGACGGCGAAACCGUCAUCAUCGACCGUGAGAUGACCAUCCGACGGGUUUACAGCUUCUACUACUGGGUGAUCAAUUUAGGCGGAUUGCUUGGGAUGUUGACAACAGUAAUAGAGAAAAAAUAUGGUUUCUGGGCUGCCUUUCUGCUCCCGCUUUGCACCCUCUCGACGGGGCUGGGUGGCUUUAUCCUCGGUCGCAAGUUCUAUGUUCAGCCGAGGCGGGAGAAAGGAAUGGUCCCCAAACUCUUCCUGGCCUUGUGGCUCGCCAUCCGGGGGAAGUGCAAGUUAGACGAUGCUCGAGCAAGCCAUCAGCUCUCGGCCCAUGGACGAGUGGUCCAUUGGGAUGACGAAUUCAUUGCAAAUAUUAGAAAGGCCGUACAUGCCUGCAGAGUGGCGCUUGUUUACCCAAUUGUCUGGCUGUGUUUCAGCCAGAAUCAAACCAACCUUGUCUCUCAGGCGGCAGACAUGAAAACGUACGGUAUUCCCAACGACAUCCUUGCCAUGCUGAACCCGAUCUUUGUCCUCGUGACCGUUCCGGUUCUCAACAAGGUCGUGUACCCGUUGAUGUCUCGCAUCGGCUGCCCGCUACGGCCGACAGCCCGUAUGGCCAUAGGCUUCUUCAUUACCGCGGCAAGCAUGGCCGUGGCAGCCGGCGUCGAGGAGAUGGUGUACCGCGCCCCCCCUUGCUACCGCCAUCCCCAGAAAUGCCCGGCGGUCGUUGCGGACGCGCAACCGAACGACGUGAGUGUCGCCCUGCAGGUCCCCGUCUACUUUCUGGGCGCUGUAGGCGAGGUUUUCUUCUCGGUGUCCGGGUCGGAGUUUGCCUACAAUCAGGCCCCGGCAGGGAUGAAGUCGAUCGUCCAGGCGAUCUUUGCCUCCACAAACGCCGGUAGUGCCGUGUUAGGUCUUGCGCUCUCGCCGGCUGCACGGGAUCCGAACAUGGUGAUCAUGUUUGCUACUUUUGCUGGAGUCAUGUUUGCUGCCAGUGUCAUCUUCACUGCGUUCUUCUGGAAAGUGGGUUGA